CAGCCAAAUCAUAUCCUCACAAUCUCUUCUAGCAAGUAUUUUUCUUUCUUCUCCCAAGUCAAUUGUGAACUAAAUCCUAUUCUAAAGUCAUAACAUAGACAGAAAUGGCUCUUCUAUUGCCUGGUAUUCUGCAUGCUAAGCAGAUUAUCCGCAGGUCUGUUUCUGGUCUUGCUAAAAAUGUUCCAAAAGGCUACAUUGCAGUCUAUGUUGGAGAGGAAAAGAAGAAGCGGUUUGUGGUACCCAUAUCAUACCUGAAUCAGCCUUCAUUUCAAGAAUUGCUAAGUAAGGCAGAGGAAGAAUUUGGGUUUCAUCAUCCCAUGGGUGGCCUUACAAUUCCCUGCAGAGAAGACAUCUUCAUCAAUAUCACUUCUUGCUUAAGUGAAUUUUAGUACAUGGCACUAAAAUUGAUCAGAGCAGACAGAUUUGUGCAUUUCUUCUCUUUGUCAGAAUGGAUAGAGCAAGAAAUGUCUACCCAACUGAUGAAAAAUCACAGCAGUUUCUCAAGGAAAUGAGUCUACUUAAGGUCACUUGGGUAGACAUUUUCCCCGGAUCAUUCAGACUAAGCAUGUUCUCCAAUGGGUGCAGACGACUCAAGGUCACCAUAUGUAUCAGAAGGCCUUAUUUCAAUGCCUUCCAUGAUCUCACUGGUUGCUUGAAUCACUCACAAGAAAGAUAAAAGACAUGAAAACCACUAGUCCAUUAAACAUGAACUGUCAGAGAAAUUAAAGAAAAAGUCAUUCCUCUUGAGUUUUGAAUUAAGAGAAUUGAUUUAUUCAUUCAUUUCAUUGUAAAAUUUUGCAUUGUCUAUGAUGAAAGUAAGGAUUCUGAACUUUCCAUGAAAAUACAUCAAAUAGAAGGUCUUUCUUUCUUCUCAUAUAAUUUUCUCUUUGGUGGAAAUGUCAUUACAAGCUUUCACCAUUAAUUUGCAGACUCAAUUCAUCUUCUUUUCCUCACUUUUGCCCUUUCAUUUGUGACUAAUUAAACAAGAUGGACCAACAGGCCUAUUAUUUUUAUUUUAGUCAUUAGUACUUGAGUAUCAAUCCUUUUUGAAGAUUUUUGGGUUUCCCCUUUUAAUAUUUUGUGUUAAUUAGUAGGACUGGGAAACAUGGGGACUAUUUGGGUAACAUCCAACAUGUGCACAUAGAAGAUAUUAGUUUAUAUUAUUUGUAGGAUUCAUGAGGCUUAUUUGGGUAACAUCCAACAUAUGCAGAUAGACCAUAGUAGUAUAAUUUCGAUGUUCCUUAAGUUUUUUUGCCACGCAUUUGCCAAGAUUAUUCUCAUUCAGCCUAACCAUAUUCCCCAAUGUGUGCAGAUGCAUCAAGAGGUUACAAUAUAUUAGAAGGCCAGCUCUCUGUUUAUAUUGGAGAAACCAAAAGGAGGAGUUUUGUUGUCCAAAGUCCAUACUUGAAGAUUCCUUCAUUUCAUUGUAAAUUUUGCAUGUUCUAUAUGAAAUUCGGAAGUCAGAACUUCCCAUGCAAAUAUAUCAAAUAGAUUUUUUUUUCUUGCUUUCCAUAAUUAUUUUUUUCUCUUUC